AUGGACCCGCUGCAGUUUGCCUACAGGCCGGGCAUCGGAGUCGAGGACGCCAUCAUCUCCCUCCUCCAUCGCUCCCUGUCCCACCUGGAGAAACCCGGCACCGCUGUGAGGAUUCUGUUCUUCGACUUCUCCAGUGCCUUCAACACCAUCCAGCCGAGGCUUCUCAGGGACAAGCUGGAGACAGCUGGAGUGGACUACGACCUGUCCCAGUGGAUCCUGGACUACCUCACAGACAGACCCCAGUUUCGGAACCACCUCCUCAUCAACGUGAGGAAGACCAAGGAGAUGAACCACCUCCUCAUCAACGUGAGGAAGACCAAGGAGAUGAACCACCUCCUCAUCAACGCAAGGAAGACCAAGGAGAUGAACCACCUCCUCAUCAACGUGAGGAAGACCAAGGAGAUGAACCACCUCCUCAUCAACGUGAGGAAGACCAAGGAGAUGAACCACCUCCUCAUCAACGCAAGGAAGACCAAGGAGAUGAACCACCUCCUCAUCAACGCGGGGAAGACCAAGGAGAUGAACCACCUCCUCAUCAACGCGGGGAAGACCAAGGAGAUGAACCACCUCCUCAUCAACGUGAGGAAGACCAAGGAGAUGAACCACCUCCUCAUCAACGUGAGGAAGACCAAGGAGAUGAACCACCUCCUCAUCAACGCAAGGAAGACCAAGGAGAUGAACCACCUCCUCAUCAACGCGGGGAAGACCAAGGAGAUGAACCACCUCCUCAUCAACGUGAGGAAGACCAAGGAGAUGAACCACCUCCUCAUCAACGUGAGGAAGACCAAGGAGAUGAACCACCUCCUCAUCAACGCGGGGAAGACCAAGGAGAUGAACCACCUCCUCAUCAACGUGAGGAAGACCAAGGAGAUGAACCACCUCCUCAUCAACGUGAGGAAGACCAAGAAGAUGAACCACCUCCUCAUCAACGCGAGGAAGACCAAGGAGAUGAACCACCUCCUCAUCAACGUGAGGAAGACCAAGGAGAUGAACCACCUCCUCAUCAACGUGUUCAUCUUAAGCUCCAAGAGGAGCAUGAACGUGGGCAUCUUCCUGAAGCAGUUCAGACGACCUGUUGGAGACAUGAUCAGUGACAUCACAGCAGGAAACUACCUGAGCUUUGGGACCGGGAAACUGAGAGAGCUGUGUAAGCUGCUGCCAGACAAGGAGGAGGUGAGUCUGCCACAGCGCCAUCUGCUGGUGUCUGGGGGAACUACAACCCACAGUGGCCACAGCGCCAUCUGCUGGUGUCUGAGGGAACUACAACCCACAGUGUAA